AACGCACACUUGUGUCUAUCAGAGCAAUAACAACGGCGAGCAAACACGCCACAGAACAAACCCUUCCCCGAAUAAUUGCCCCUAUAACACAUAUCGCAGUUACAUCUCCACCCGAUCCUAAUGAAGAAGCUUCGGCCUGACUGACUGGGAGAUGGGAGUACAAAACAUAACAGACCAGACUCCACUGGUCCAGGCUAUAUUUAGCCGAAAUGCAGAAGAAGUGAAGUUUUUGUUGCACAAGAAUGAAGAGGUCAAUGCACUGGACCAAGAACGCCGUACCCCCUUACAUGCUGCUGCGUGUUUGGGUGACGUUCACAUUAUGGACCUUCUCAUUAAUUCAGGUGCUAGUAUUAACGCUAAGGACCAAGGCUGGCGGACUCCCCUGCAUCGGGCAGCUGCCUCACAGAACGAAAAGGCCGUGGGGCUGCUGCUGAGACAGGAUGCGGAGGUCAAUGCCCGGGAUAAAUUCUGGCAGACGCCGUUGCAUGUGGCUGCAGCCAACCGGGCCACACGCUGCGCUGAGGCUCUCAUCCCCAAGCUGAGCAGCCUGAACGUGGCGGACCGCUCCGGCAGGACUGCUCUGCACCACGCUGCACACAGCGGCCACGUGGAGAUGGUGAAUUUGCUCCUCAACAAAGGGGCCAACCUGAGUGCCAGCGAUAAGAAGGAGAGGCAGCCAAUCCACUGGGCCGCAUACCUCGGGCAUCUGCAGAUCGUGAAGCUUCUUGUGUCGCGGAGCGCGGACGCCAUGUGCAGGGACAAGCGCGGUUAUACCCCGCUCCACGCUGCAGCUGCCAGCGGCCAGAUUGAGGUGGUCAAGUACCUGCUGCGGCUGGGGUCAGAGAUUGAUGAGCCUAACGCCUUUGGGAACACAGCGCUCCACAUGGCGUGCUACACGGGCCAGGAGGCGGUGGCCAACGAGCUGGUGAACCGCGGCGCCAACGUCAACCAACCUAACCACCACGGUGGCACGCCGCUACACCUGGCCGCUGUCUCAACCAACGGGGCACUCUGCCUCGAGCUGCUAGUCAACAACGGCGCUGACGUCAACAUGCAGAGUAAAGAAGGGAAGAGCCCUUUGCACAUGGCCGCUAUUCACGGGCGCUUCACCCGCUCCCAGAUCCUUAUCCAAAACGGUGGGGAUAUAGACUGUGUAGAUAAAUAUGGCAAUACUCCUCUUCACGUUGCUGCUAAGCACGGCCACGAGCUGCUGAUCAGCACCCUGAUGACUAACGGUGCUGACACAGCCAGACAAGGGAUUCAUGGGAUGUUUUCGUUGCAUUUGGCUGUGCUCUAUGGGUUUUCAGACUGUUGUCGCAAGUUACUCUCCUCAGGUCAGCUGUACAGCAUUGUAUCAUCUCUAAGCAACGAGUAUGUUCUGUCAGCCGGGUUUGACAUCAACACCCCAGACAGCCUGGGGAGGACCUGCCUGCACGCCGCUGCCUCUGGAGGAAACGUUGAGUGUCUUAACUUGCUGUUGAGCAGUGGUGCCGACUUGAGUAAAAAGGAUAAACUGGGAAAAGCUCCUUUGCACUACGCUGCUGCGAAUGGGAGCUACCAGUGCACGGUUGCCCUGGUGAGUGCUGGUGCCGAGGUGAAUGAGCUGGACCAGAAAGGCUGCAGCCCCCUGCACUACGCUGCCGCAUCGCAGACCUUCUGCCGAGUGGACAGACAUUACUCAGUCGGACACCAGAGUGAGGAGAGGGCGAAGGAGGAUUUUUUUUGUUUGGAGUAUCUGCUGGAUAACGGGGCUGACCCGGCUCUGAGGAACACCAAGGGUUACAGCGCAGUCCACUACGCAGCAGCCCACGGAAACAAGCAGAACCUGGAGCUGCUCUUGGAGAUGUCGUUCAACUGUCUGGGCGACGUGGAGAGCAGUGUUCCAGUUAGCCCUUUGCACUUAGCCGCGUAUAACGGUCACUGUGAGGCGUUGGGGGUGCUGUCUGAGACGCUGGUGAGUCUGGACGUUCGGGAUGCGGGGGGGCGCACCGCCCUGUACUUGGCGGCCCAGAAGGGACACGCUCAGUGCUUGGAGGUCCUGCUGUCCCAUGGGGUCUCCUGCCACCUCAGGGAGCGCCGCAACAAGUGGACCCCACUCCAUGUCGCAGCUUCCAACGGCCAAACAGACUGUCUGCUCAUGCUGGUCAACCGAGGGGAGAAGGCUGACAUCAUCGACAUUGCCGACGUACAGGGACAGACGGCCCUGAUGCUGGCAGCUCUGGGCAGCCACACUGACUGUGUCCACAUCCUGCUGGAGAAGGGAGCCGGGGUCGACGCCGCCGACAAGCGAGGCCGCACUGCCCUACACAGAGCUGCGGUGAUGGGCAGUGAGGACUGUGUGUCGGCCCUGCUGGAGCAUGGUGCUUCGGCUCUGUGCAGGGAUUUCCGGGGGCGCACCCCCCUGCACCUGGCCGCCUCCUGCGGUCACAUGGAGCUCCUGCGCAGCCUGCUGCAGGGCGCCACACGCACCGACCCCCUCGACUCAAUGCUGGACUACAGCGGAUACACUCCCACCCACUGGGCCGCUUACCACGGGCACGAAGACUGUUUGGACGUUUUACUUGAACACAAACCUUUUAGUAUCCAGGAAGGAAACCCCUUCACCCCAUUGCACUGUGCUCUAAUAAAUGGCCAUGAUGGUGCUGCUGAACUACUGGUAGAGAUGGUCGGACCUCAGAUGGUGAACAUCAGAGACGCCAAAGGAAGGACCCCGUUGCAUGCAGCUGCCUAUUCGGAGAGUGUUGGCGGGCUGCAGCUGGCCCUGGUCCAGGGGGCAGAGGUCAAUGCCGUGGACACCACAGGACGCUCCGCCCUGAUGGUUGCCGCCGACAACGGACGGACCACAGCCGUCGAGAUCCUGCUGCACCAGGCCAAGGCAGACCUGACUCUGCUGGAUGUCAACGACAACACCGCCCUUCACCUGGCCUGCAGCAAGGCUCAUGAGAUGUGUGCCCUGUUAAUCCUGGGAGAGAUCAGCGACCCCUCCCUCAUCAAUGCAACAAACAGUGCACUGCAAAUGCCCCUUCAUAUCGCAGCGAGGAACGGUCUGGCUACAGUGGUCCAGGUGCUCCUCAGCCAGGGGGCAGCUGUGAUGGCUAUAGAUGAGGAGGGCCACACCCCGGCCCUGGCCUGUGCCCCUAACAAGGACGUGGCGGACUGCCUGGCCCUGAUCCUCUCCACCAUGAAGCCUUUCCCUCCCAAAGACGCCAGCGCCGCCGCCUCCUUUGGCCUCAACCUGCUGAAGCACUGUGGCAUCGCCACCACCUGCGGGCCCCUGCCCAACGGCACCCUGCACCACGCCUACGCCAAGGACCGCCACGGCACCGCCGGCCUGGACGGCUGCUUCACCGAGUGAAGCGAACCCCCAACCUGUUUCCCUCAGACCUCCCUACCCUGUCCCCUUAUAUCUUUAACUAGCCAGAUCUGCCCUCUUUAAUCCACUAUGAUCCGGGGGACCCCCCCCUUCUAACACACACAACAAGAGCAGGAAUAUACUUUGAAUUACAUGUGUGUAUGUGAGCGUGUGCGUUUGGAUGUGUGUGUUUGGAUGUGUGUGUCGGUAUAUGUGCGUGUGCGUUUGUCUGUGUGUUUAAAGAAAAACUAAAUCCCUUAUGGGUGCAGUCAAACCUAUAUGCAAUUAUUUGCCUCUCCUCUGUGGCAUAUCGUCUCUGUCGUCGCUAGCCUGGCCUUAGGUCAGACACCCUCUGUCCAGUGUCCAGGACAGAGCACGUCACUGAGUCCCUCUGAAUCGUACCGGCAGAGUUUCUGUAUCAUCAAGUUAUCACGGUUUUGUUGAAUUAACAGAUUCACAAGCAUGUGUAAUAAGCUACGGUCGAAAUUAAUUCUAAAUUUAAAUUAUUGUGAAUUUUUGAUAUUGCACUUCAACAACGAAUGAACUUACCUCGCAAAUCCCAGUGAAAGCGAUGACCUAGUAGGAGAACGGUGCCUCGCCAACUUCUACUCUGACUGAAACUGGUGCAAUAUGCAGCAUGUGUGGGUAUUUCCAGUGCUGUGCCUCUCUCCGAAGACUAGAAUAAAACUGAAGUAGUAGAGCGAGGGAAAGAACGGGAGAGAGUGAUAGACCGUCGCUGGGUUUGACUGUACAGUUAAGAGUCUGGGUGAGUUGAGAGCUCUGCAGAGAAGCCCAUGGAUUUGAAAACAAGCGGUGACAAGCUGGUGUUGACUCACCUAGAAGUCCGACAAUAAGUCAGAUGCCUGACUUUUGUUGGCUGGGUUUUUCUGCAUUAGCCCCCUCUCACUGAGUCCAUACUGAAGGGAGUCGUUGUGGGUCUUGCCUGAACCCCACUCCCAUUCGUCACUGUCGUAGAAUACUUUUGGUACCUUAAGGCGGUUCCAAGACGUUUCUGGAUAUUUAACAAUGUUGUGCCUAUGGAAUACUGAGAGACAACCACAACCCCUUAACCUCACCUAGUUUAUACCCUCUGAUCUCCCACCUGAUUCCUGAUUAUUUAAGAUUUUAAAAGAGAACAAUGCUAGUGGGACAUUUUUAAAGGAUGAAAUGUAGAUUUGAAGAGAAAUGGGUUUAGCACACAUACUGAACAGCAUAAGCUAUUUUUGUUGCUGUCGUAUAAACACUUGUUUACAUAAUGUAAAUGGUCGUCGUAUUUACUUGUGAUUCGACAGUCUAUGUUUGCACAAUAAGGCCAUGCUUCCAGUAGGAAAAUAAAGAGCGAAGACGUGUUUUCAAUAUAGCUGCUAAAAUAUUGCUGCCUUUUCCAUGGAUUCUAUUCACGGUUUCUGUCAAUGCGGGUCUACAUUUGGUGUGUACAUUUUUUUUUUUCAUUAUUGGGAAGCAAUAUUUAAACAGACUUCAAAUUCUGUUUUUACCUCAACAUUGGGGAUGACUUCAAGUUUUCAAGAAAAUAAUUUGCACUACCUCCAAAGUUAAAGUAUUAUUUUUCAAAUGGAAUAGGUAGAAUGUUUUUAAUUGUUUUUCUAUUCUUUCCAAACAGCCAUACUUGAAAAAAAAAAGGUAAUCCCAAUCAAACGGCAUGCGCUGUAAUCCUCCACGUUGAUAGGCAUAGCAUUGGGAGUUGUCAAAAGUACAGCCAAAAACACAAAUGCAUUCCUUUUCAAUUUUAAUUAGGCACGUCUUGUACUUACCUCAAAGAUUUUAACAACGCAACUCAUUGACUCCUGUUUGGGCCACACUAUAGAUCCAUGAAUUUUUGUUGAUAGCUUCUCUGUCGCCUUUUGCACAGUAGUUGAAUCCGUAUAGUUUUAAGGGUAAUCAGUUGAUUACGCUAUUUAUGGAGAUUGUUAGUUAUGUUCAUCUGAACAGAAUUCAAAAUGAUGUUCACUCCAUUUGUAAUUGUUUUCUUGAGAUUGUAAAGACCCCCCCCCCCCCCCCAUUCAUAAAGUAAUUUUAAUAUUGAAAAGGAGAAAGUAUGUUUAAAUCCAUGGUGUACUGUAACAUUCUGCAUUAGCCUGCCUUGUAUCUGUAUUUUACAUAUUACAUAAAUGUAGUUAGAUGGCAAAAUUGCACAAGUAGUGUUACUGUACCGAUGCAUAUCUUUUCUCUUAACAGUACACCAUAUUGACAAAGUGUGGCUGACACAAAAACACACAUACAUAUAUUAUGUUGGUACGGUUAUGUAUGGACAGCUACUUUUUUAAAUGUUUUGAGAUGACAAUCAGCAUCACAAGGGCUUUUUAUUUAUAAGUAAAUGCUUUUCGGAAGUUGUUUUUAAGAAGUGUCUUUCGGGAUUUAGUUUAUUUGAGUCAUUGAGUAUUUCUUUACACCCGUUUUGAAGUAUGUGUGCUCCCAUUUCUCUUUUUCGGCAACAAGAACACCAUGUUGAAAUGUCUGGUACAAAUACCUCCAUUGUGUUAUACACUGACAACCUUAACCCUCUUCCUCUGUUACAUUGUUGUUUCUCUCUGGAUAUGCCUCAUUCCUAUUAUCAGUUGUCACCUAGAAUUGUUCUCUUUUGAAUGGAAUAUCAAAAUCAUUUUGCACAUCUCUUUUAGAUGUACGUACUAUUCAUUAUAUUAAGAGAGAAAAAAAGUUGAUGCAUCAAUUUCUGAAUCAUAUUUCAGCCUGAGAUUCAUUGUCAGCUCCUGGUGCAUUCAAUCAUAGGGCUGGGAAGGAACUGUGUUUUAAAAAAGGAAAAUCUGAUCUUGCACCUAUUCAGAUGCCAGUAAUGUUAUUCCACAAGGUUUUUAAUGUCAAAGCCUUUAAAAAAAAAAAAAAUAAGAUGACAAAGUCGAUAUUCUUUACAUGAUGUAGGAAUAGCAAAUUCCAAAACCAGUGUCGUUGUUCCUCAUAUUUAUACUAAUAUGCUAAAAAAAUGAUUGUAUUAAGCUACCUGAAAUUUUUGUGGCAUUUUACAUAAGCCUUUUUAUAUGAUGUCAGAGAAGGUUUAGGCCCAGUUCGAUGAGGUGAGAUCACAUCGAAUAGUAAGCCAUUUAAUAAUGUUCUAGGGUGAAUUGCGAUGUUAAUUAUAAUUGUUGCGUUGAUUUAAAUGAGAAUAGGAACUUACUAGAUCACUUUUUUUUCUCUCCCCUAUAUUGUGUGACAUUUCAUUGACCGUGGAUUUGGUGUAGCCUACGGUUUUGUUGUCGUUAGGCUGGUUAGACAUGACAUUGAAAACCCCAAUCUCCCUUUUGGAAUAAGUUUUAAUGUGAAACCGAAUCCCUUAUUGAUCAAUCGGAUGCCUAAAGACAUACACAUAAAGAGUUAAAGGACUAAAUUCAUGAAGCCCCUUCCCCUUUUUUAAAUUGUCUUAUUUCCUCCCUCCCUAUUUACCUAUUCUGUUUACACUGUGGGCAUAGAUGAACCUAGUAUUGUGAUCUUUGGGGCCAUAGAAUGUCGGCAAGCAUUUAAGAUUUUCAGUGAUGCAACAAAAACAACCAUUUUCACUCAGUCCUGACCCAAAGCACUUAUUUCAAGAAUAAGCACUUUUGUAUAUUUAAUAUCUCUGUGUAUUUAUGUAUACCGGUACAUACAGUAUGUUACCUAUGUAGAUAUAAACUUCUAUUUAGGGAGAACAAUACCUUCAGUGGAGAGAUGAGAGUACAUGAACUGGUGACUGAUCUUCACAAUCAUGUGUGAUGUGCUUGUGGGAGAGACACUGUUUAAUUGGAGGGGCAUGUUUCUCUUUAGGGUUAGCAUAAGAGAGCAGUGAAAAGUCUAUGGUCACACCUUGGUGUGCACACGUGUGCAGCAAAAAAAAAACACAUUUCAAAUGGAAAAUUAUACUUGCGCUGCCUUUCAUUGAGUUGCCAAAAAGCAGGGGAUGAAACUGAAAAACACUUGACUUUACCGAAUUUGAGAUAUUACGUACAUUUGCAGACAUCUUAACUAAGCCAUAUUAGUCCAUUGCUGACAAAAACGUGAAUGUAUGGUCUAAAUUAUGGCAGGGGUUUUGGUUUUCGAGUAACUGACUUUUGCCGCACUGUUUAAGUUAAGUUCUAGAAAUGAUGGGAAAAUAAUGAAAAAUGAACUAAAGCAAAAUAAUCUUUACCUCUGCCUCCUCAUGCAUAGAUGUUGUAGGAUUGUGUUUCUUCUUUUGAUAUGAAGGGAUGGCUAACUAAUUUGUGCCAUUGAAGGGUAUUAUUGCAUUCUGCAGAUGGGUUAGCCUAUAAAAACGUGGUACAUCCAGCAUAUAUAUGCCUUACGUUUAGCGGUACAAGCCUCACUCCAAUAUAAUCAUUUUGACUCUUAAAAAUCAUUUGGUGAAUGAUACUUUUAGUUCCUCUCUAGCUUUUGUUUGUCAACAAUGGGCACUAGCGCUAAUAGCCGAGCUAUCCCUCUUAACCAUGGACUCACCAUGGACUGCCUUUACAAUACCUCUUAGAAAUGAUAUAUAGUUGUUUUGCUACUGUAUGUUUUGUUUGUAGUGCGUAGCCGAUUUAUACAUUUGGGAAUGUGUCCGUUUUUGUCUAUCAAAACAGUCGACCUUAAUAACUCCCCAUUCUGUUACCUAGACUCACAAGUGCCGUAGAAAUACCUGUUUGUCUAUGAAAAAAGGAAUUGUCUUUGAUUCUCAGUGGAGAUGGUAUUUGUGUGAUGCUCAACACAAAGAGAGGAAUCAUGUUUUUUUUGGGGGGGGGGGGGGGGGAUUAGAUUGUGCUUCAUCCUUUAUAAUUCAUCCUUUUUUAUGAAGGUAGAAUUGUAAUUCUGGAUGGCAUCUAAUGAAUUUAACUAAUGUAUCAAUUAAACAGGUUUUGGUUGAUGUUUCACAUGCAACAUCUGAAAUGUUAUCAGUAUGGUAUGGAAAAGCAUCUGUGUAGAAUUUUUUUGUGUUGUAAAGGACGAUAAUACCUUACAAUGGCUCAAAUGGCAAAGAUGGACAACUUUCUCAAAAUGCUUCAGUUUGUAGGAAUGAGAGACAUGGGCGCUUUGGCCAGUGGAUGGAGUGAAAUAGAUAGCAUUAGAUAAUUGUGAAUGUGCAUGGUGGAAGACUGAUCAAGUCCAAAUUUUAUUUUGAAAAAGCAGUAUGGGUAGUAGGGUAGAAGAUGGUAAAAUUGCACAUAAGUAAUUGAGUCCGAGUACUGUAAACUGAGUUACAGGAGAAGUUGGGCAAAGAACAAUUAAAAACUUUGGAAGGAAGCAGAUUCAACACAUCAUUUAUUUCCUUUUAUUUUAUUUGUAUAGAUUAAGAGUAUUUAUGGAUUUUGGGCAACUGACAAAAUGUUGCCAUCAGAUAUGUGAGUGGAAAGUAGGGUCGCGUUAAAAUUGGAGAAUAGGAAGAACAUACACUAUUGGUAUAGUGGCCUAAUGUAGCUGCCUUUAUCUUGAUGAGACACUAUGGUCCUUUAGUGAGAAAGCAUUCAUAUGGUAUCGAACACAUGUCAUGCUGAUUCAAUAACCUCUAAAUUAGGUAUGGAAGGGAUAGAAGUUUGAAACAAAGAGCAUGUUGGUUUCUUUUAGUUAUGCCAGUGAUCACCAUGGUGAUGCUGUCCGUAACGUAGUCCUCUGGGAUAUCUCCCAUUUACCUCUAGGACAUCGAUGUCCUUCAUUACUUGAAAAGUCAUUGGAUUAAGGCAAUAGCUAGGCAGUUACCUUUUUUUGUUUUUUUUAUUCCCAUUUGAAAGGAUUCUUUCAAAUCAAGAGGACACCGUGAACAUUUCCUCUUCAAGCAUAAUAUAAACGGCAGAAUUAGAGCUUUCUUUGUUAUUAGAAUUUGUUGAAAAUAAAUGGCUACAAUUUUCUCAAAAAAGUAAGCAUGUGAAAUGCGGUGCCAUCAUAUUAAAUGGAUUAAACAAGAUUCAUUCAUCUCAUGACGUUUCUAGUCAUAAAUGACAUUUGAUCACCAAAACCAAACACCUUGAAAUUGACAGAAUUAUGUCAUCUUCAAUGUCCAGAUUCAUGGGUGAAGCACACUAUUAAGUUAUUCCAUGAUUCCAACUUCUGCAUGUCUGUCCUAUCUCUAUGUAGACCAAAUGUUUCUUAAAGAAGAUGGCAUGUCUGAUCAUGUUAAGAUUCUUGCUUUUUAUAGCUUGUAGGCUAUGUUCAUGCCUUCAUUAUUCAUUUGUUUAUGUUGUACAACUACUACGUGCACAAGAUUUACAUGCUUAUUCAGUCGUAACAUCCAAAUUCUUGUUAAAAUUUAACCAAACUGUCGGUCCCACUUUUCUGCUAUUCGACCCUCCGGUUGUGUGGCCCAUGUUGUACUGUCUGAAGUUUGUCUGGUCCUAACUUGUUUGAUUACGUUUGUCACUCUUGUGCCUCUGAAGUUAGUUAAGGCUUAGUAACACUUGUUCAAAACAAAGCAAACUGAUGUAUGGGUUGACUUUAUUCUCUAACAGUAUUUGGCUUCUUUGAAAUACUUCAGAGAUGUAGACCCACCAAUAGCUUUAUUUUGUCUGUCUUCUCUUCCUCUUCAAGGACAGUUACUGAGUUGACCCUCCAAAUAGACUAUAGAGGGAUGCACUGGUGUUGUCUCCUUAGUGGAGAGUGAUGUCCACACAAUUUUUUUAUAGUAUGCCUUCAUGUAUUACUUGAUUAGCCGUUAUCAGACAUUGAACAGCUUACCUCAAGAUGUUAUGUCUCACAAUGAUUUGUACCCAAACCAGUGCAUAUUAUUGAUGUAUUGGACCUCAUUGGAGAGUAAAUGUGAUACAUAUUAUGCAACUUUUGUCACUUUUUUUAUUUUAUUUUAUUUGAUGGUUGUUUCAUGACUCGACUGCUUCUUGACAGCCACCCAUAGGAUGGGGCAAUGCAAGUAGGAAUCCUGGGUGGGGCAGUGGUCUAAGGCACUGCAUCGCAGGGCUAGAGGCAUCACUACAGACCUGGGUUCGAUCCUGGGUCUGUAUCACAAAUUGCCAUGAUUGGGAGUCCCAUAAGGCGGCGCACAAUUGGCCCAGCUUUGUCCGGGUUAGGGGAGGGUUUGGCUGGGGUAGGCCGUCAUUGUAAAAUAAGAAUUUGUUCCUAACUGACCAGCAUGGGAAAAUUUAAAGGUUAAAUAAAAUAAAUAAAAACAGUUAAAUUAGGAUAUUGAAUCAUGAUGUUUCCAUUAAAGAAAUGCUUCGAUAGGCAACCAAAGGAGAGAUGUAUUGGACCGGAAGUUGUUUUAGAUCCACAUCAUAAAGUAACUUAUUUAUGAGACUUCUGUGCAUUUCUAUAUAUAUAUUGUAUGUCACAUGGCUGGUCAAAAUUGUUAUAGUUAAAGAAUGUUACCUUGUAAACUGCGAAACCCAGCUCCUCUAUGACCACCAAAUACAAUCCUGACUGACACUUUGUCGUGAUACAGACUGGCAUAAUAAACUGUGUCCUUACAAAACCAUUGAGUGAAUAGUUAAGUCCUUGGGGGAAAAAAAUAUUUUACACAUCAGCAAAAUGGUCUUCCGUUCAUGCCAAUUGAAAGCCUUAUUGUUGAUAAACGUGGAGGUCACACCUCCCAGGAACACAACUGCUCACAAUUACAGACCCGGUGAAGCCAGUGAGCCAUUGUUGUUCAUUCAAAACACACAACAUGAUUCUAGUGCUUCCCAGUCUUAUCAUCCAUCCAUGUCGUGCACUGUGGCUUCAACUCCUCAAGCAAUUGUUAAUUGGUUGGAGAAAUAUACAAAGAAACACUCAUGCUGUUGUCAUAAAUCCAAACACCCUCUGGAUGUACAACUUGACUGUAGUUUAUUUUGCUCUCGUUUGAUUCUUGCCUUUGGCUUGCUUGCCAUAUUUGUCAAGGGACCUGAAAAAACACAUUGAAAUAGUGUUGAAUCCCAGUAGUGAUAAUACUGGAGUUAUAGUGUGAAUUCAUAAUAAAAGCAAUAUUGGCAAGUGCACUUUGUUGGGUGUUCUAAGCACAACAUCACUAAAAAUGCACUUCAGACAGAGUAGUGUGUAGAGAUUGUUGUUGAUUUACUUAACUAAAUGGUAUUGAAAUUAACAUGGUAAAUUAUUAUAAAGCAAGACUUAUAUUUGUGACAUUUGUAGUACCAUUUUAGCAGUAUGUUGAUUUGAUCAAGAUGUAGUUUUAGUUGGUGUCUGUACAACCGCCCCCCUUAUAUAAAAUGAACCGACUUAAGAUAAUCACGAAUAAACGUUGUGGCUUAGGCAUUUUUAGGCUAGUUUUUAUGCAACUCCUUUAAUUGUGUGUGUGUGUGUUUAGAUUGUUCUCUGUACUACAACAUGUUCUAAGAAUAGGUGGUGGAAGAAGAUUGUAUUUUGUGGACAAGGAAGUCAAUGGAUUGCUAUGCCACAGAACUUAAUGUUUUGAUUACUUUUACAGUACAGUGAGUAGGCAUAGAGUUCUGUAUUUUAAGUGUGUUCGUGUGUGACGAUUUGGGCAGUUAGCUGUCAUGUCUUCAUUAGUGAGUAUGAGGUCGAGUGUGCGACGGUAAUAUGAACCGCUAUCAGCAAAAGGGCAAAGAAAAAGUGUUCAUUCCUGUCUAUUGUAUUUCUUUACCCACUUCCUGGUUUAUAAAUACCGUAAAGAAUAUUGUUUUUUCCUUCUAAUUAUUAACGUGAAAUACAUUUCCUUUGAAACACAAGUGAUGUAUGUAAGAUUCUGGUGCAAUGGCCUGUAAUAGUUUUUGGUUGACUCAUUUUAAAUGUUAUUGUUAAUUUGAGCAUAUUUGAAAAUAAAUUAGCACGUAGGAUACUGUACUAUGUGGGGUAGACUAAUAUGCAUUAACAGACCUUUUUGAAUGAAAUUUAAAGCACUGGUGUAAUUGAAAGCUUGAUGUUGGUGGUUGGUAGUCCUUUGCUUUAACAGCCCUUAUUUUUACUUUGGUUCUGGAUAUAUUAGCGUCUUAUUCAGGAGGGCGUCUCGGUUUGACUCAGUCAUUGGACAUUGCUUUGAAUUAUGCUAGGAUUUGUUUACUCCAAUAGACCAGCCAAGCAAAAUGUAACACAAGCCUGGUCUACGGGCUACAAUCUUGAAUUAUUAUGUGCUUUGACUGUCCGUAUUGCCUCUGCUAGAAUUUCAUUGGCUUCUUGUUUCGCUGCAAUUUUUUUCACCAUAUUGGAAGUUUUGGGUUAAAGUUAGUAAUUGGUCAUAAAGUUGAACGUUAGGCAGGUAUUUUAACCACUAAUAGUCCCUAUCUGGUUUUAGUCCAUAGAAGGGAUAGAAUAUGCCAAGCCGAUGUUGACUUCCCAUGUGACUUCAGCAUGAACUGUAGGUGAUCAUGAAAGUGUUAUUGUGCUUCAUUUAGGCCAAACUAUAAAUUAGGAGGUGCAAAAUGAGCAAGUGGAAAUGCAUGAAAUGCUUUCUCUUUGGCACCUUUCUGUUUUGAAGUACUGCUGCCUGGUGAAGAGCUUGAGCAUGCCUGCAUUCAGUAUUUUCUAGAGCAUUCAGUAAACAUUUAAGUUUUAUUAGCAUGAGAUUGUGAUUUUUGAAUCCAUAUUACCUCAAAUAUAUCAGUUAAAAGUAAUACAUUUAAGUUAAAACAAAUGGUCUCACCUCAAAUGUCCAUUCUAUUUUGAAAGUGACUUUUACUGCUAAUGUAAUAUGAUCAUGUUUUAUUUUGCCUACCUCCUUGAUGCACAGCUACUCUUUGUCUCCUUAGCUCAUAACCACCUACAGUGAGCUACAAAGGUAGUGUGACCGUGACACAUUUGGGGGGGGGGGGAACUUAUGUACAAAAAGUGCUGUAAUUUUGAAACGGUUCACCCGAUAUGGAUGAAAAUACCCUAAAGGUAAAGCUGACAGUCUGCACUUUAACCUCAUAGUCAUCGUAUCAAAUCCAAAGUGCUGGAGUACCGAGCCAAAACGUUUUUCACUGUCCCAACACUUUUGUAGCUCACUGUAUACUAGUGUCUGGAAAAUAUGAAAGCAUAUUAAUCACUUAAUCACAAAAAAAAGUGAGCUUGAUUUUGUGUGUGUGUGUACGUGCGCUUGUAACAUGGAAAGAAAAAUGAUAUCCCAACAACCACUGGAAUGUGAAGCCAAACUGUAUUUUGAUCGAAUGAAAUCUCUUAAGGUCUAACUGUUGUAGCAUACAUGUGAACCUCGUCUCUGGUACAUGUUUUCUAUCCUUCAGAUAAUUGUUGCAACAAGGUACUUUAUGAUUGUUUUUUUUUAAACCCCGUCCUGAAAGUAUCCACCAGGAAUCAUCCUGUUUUUCAUAGUAUGGUGGGUUUUUACUGUAAGUGUGUAAGUUGAGCCAUACGUCUAAAAGUCUAGUUUACAGCUGCAACUGUCUACAACUACCAGAGAUUAGGAGAACGUGUGUAUCUUAAUUACAAAAGCAACAUAACUAAAGCUGUUAUUGAAGUCAAAUUAUGGAGAUGUGGUGUUUGUGUGAAGGGAAAUCGUAUUGCAUCCAGCCUUAAGCCUUCAAACGAAAAACAAAUCUAGACCUUAAUUUGUGAUCAUGCUACCACCACAACUCCCAUCACCUCUCCCAACCAACUGACCUUUGACUUUUAAACUGAAGCAUAGGUAUGUGAUUUACAGGAAUAGGGGUUAGAGAUUUAUUCCGUAAAAGACACACACACACACACCCUUCCAACCCUGAACAAAUCUCCAACAUGUUCAUUAUUUUGACAUUGCAAUCCUUGAAAGCACUUUGCCUUGUUAUAUAAUUGUGUGCUACUGAAUGGUUAUUUCUUACAAAAUGUUCUGAAAAUGUAUAAAAUACAUUAUUUAAUGAUUUUAGUGAAACAGUGUAAUCUGCAUUGACCUUUCUGACAUUACAGGAGAAAUUUAACAAACCAAGGCAUUGAAACCGGAUCGAUUUUAUACAAUGUAUGCUACAGCAUUUGAGUCUUGUCAUUCAGUGUUGUGGCUUAGGAUUGGUUAUGUUUAAAUAAAUUGCUAUUGCUUAAUA